AUGUCGCACCAAGAUCAAGAUCCCUAUCAUGACGUGGACACCGAGUUGGACACUCUGUCGCUACGGGAGAUCUUGGAUGCUGAUUCUCGCCCGACUUUCAUCCUUGAUCUCGACCCCGAUGUAGAAUCUCACGAAUCCAAAGACGCCAGUUCCAUUGCUAUUCUGCCUGUGUUUUGUAACGAGGCGCUGCGACUGCAUGAGCGUCUGUACGAGUCUGUACUCGGGGAGAACUCUACCCAGUCCUUUCUCGACUUCAAGGCGUGGACUGAAAGCGUCACUGCUCAUGAUGUAUCCAAGGAUAUCUUUCCAGUUGCAUUCUUGUUCGAAAAUGUGUUGUGGACAGGCUCAACGGUGCGUCGACGAUGGAGGCUCAUCAGUGGGAAUCAAGCCUGGCGAGAAACAGAUGUCGACAUGAACAAUUUAGCAUCCGUCUCUGCGCUUGAGAAUCCAGUCGCUGGUGUCACCAGGAGAAGGAAGAGUAGGAACCAACAAGUAACUGACAGCAAACACCAAGCGCCAACCAGGGACAGUGCGGUUGGCUCAAUCGGAAGCCAGACCUUCUUCUCACAGCCUGUUGUGACAGCGUACAUGCAAUCCAUGCCUGGCUCAAAUUCAGAUGAAACUGGCCUCUCCUCAUACUCAUCAUCUAUCCCGCUCUCGUCACCGGAAAUGGCCGUGGCUGACUGGACUGUACCCGAGCCAAGAGGCAUAUUGUCUCCCCAUCUUCAAUACGCCCGCUCCGUGGACUGGGCAAAGACUCCCCUUGGGCCUAUGGAGGACUGGUCUCGGGAAUUCCGCCAGUUAGCAAACCUUUGCAUGACAAAUCCCCAUCCGGCAGCUCUAUUUUGGGGAAGCGAACUGACCAUGCUCUACAAUGAGGCCUACGCUGCAGAAGUUGCAGGAAACAAGCAUCCAUCUCUAAUGGGCACUGGCUUCUCGGGUCCCUUUGCCGAGCUUUGGGACUAUGCUGGCCCUAUCUUUGCCGAAUGCGCCCGCACUGGCACAAGUGUUCGGAAAGACCACGAUUAUUUGCCCAUCGAUCGAAAGGGAGUCAUUGAGGAGACGUUCUAUAGCUGGACAUUCACCCCAUUGUACGGGGGAACCAGCCGGAUCUUGGGAUUCUACAAUGCACCAUUUGAAACAACCCAGGAAGUCGUCGGUCAGCGGAGGAUGCAGACUGUAAACCGGCUGGGUGAGCGAACCUCCCGGGCCAAGACAGUCAAGAAAUUCUGGUCGUAUGUUUUGGAGAGUCUCGAGGACAACCACUACGACAUUCCCUUUGCACUGUUAUAUUCUGUCGGUGAGGCAGAUGAGGCUGAUGAUACGUCCAUGUCUUCUGAAAGUACAGCAUCACCAAAAUGCUGCCAUUUAGAAGGUGCGCUUGGAGUUCCCCAAGGACAUCCCGCCAUUCCCCUCCUGCUUGAUCUAAAGCGAAGCUGUGAAGGGUUCGUGCCAUCUUUUCGUAAAGCCAUGCGGACGAGAGAGCCGACGGUCCUCAACACCCGAGACGGUACUCUCCCAGAGGACCUGCUCAAGGACUUCCAGUGGCGUGGGUUCGGCGAUCCUUGUCGCCAAGCUGUUAUUUUCCCAGUGAGACCGACCAAUGGUGACAACGUCAUGGCCUUCUUGGUGCUAGGUGUUGCUCCUCGCAGGCUCUAUGACAGCGAAUACGAGGCGUUUGUUCGCAUGCUCAAUCGACAACUUGCUACCUCACUGGCUUCUGUCAUACUCUACGAAUCUGAGGUCCGUCGAAGCCGAGAUGCGGCAGAAGCAGCUGCAUUGGAAAAGGAACGCCUCGAACAUCAGCUGGACUUGCAGGCGAAUCGGAUGCGUCGCAUGGCAGAACAAUCGCCGCUUGGUAUGUUUCUAAUAAGCCCCGAUGGCGUGCUCCUUGAAGGAAAUGAACAGUUUUACGAAAUGACGGGGCAUACCAGAGAACCCCAAGCUGAAAUGUCAUGGAUUGACUUCAUUGCUGAAAGUAGCUUGGACACCAUAAAGCAUGCCUGGGUCCAAAUGCACGACGAGCAAACUUCUUGGUCGGGCGAACUGCAGCUCAGGAAGCAACACCCAGAAACUAAUCUACGGGAAGAAGAAGCUAUGGAUCAUUGGGUCCUAUUCACGGCCCAUGUGGAAACGAAUGGCGGCAGCUCCCUACCAUCUGUUAUGUGUUCCAUCACUGACAUCUCACAUUUGAAGUGGGCUCAAGGUUUGCAAAAUCGUCGGUUGCUGGAGGCCGAGGAGAUGAGAAGGAAGCAAAACGAGUUCAUCGACAUCACGUCUCAUGAAAUGAGGAAUCCGCUAAGUGCCAUACUUCAAUGCGCUGACGAUAUCCUCACAUCCCUUGGUGGGUAUGACGGAAGAAGCCCUCCAGCUGAAGUUCUGGCCUCUUGUUUGGAAGCUGCGUCAACUAUUUCACUCUGCGUCCAGCAUCAAAAGGCCAUUGUUGAUGACGUUCUCACCAUUUCAAAACUUGACUCAAAUUUGCUUCUCAUCACCCCGGUUGCUGCGCAACCAGCAGCGAUUCUGAAGCGAGCUGUCAAGAUAUUCGAGCCGGAGCUACAGGCAAAUGAUAUUCGCGUGGUCAUUGACAGCAGUCCGAUACAAGAUGAGGCCAACCCGGAUUGGGUGAUGCUCGAUCCCGGUCGCGUACUGCAGAUUCUUAUCAAUCUGAUAUCGAAUGCCAUCAAGUUUACAGCUCCGUGCAAAAGUCGAACCAUCACCGUUGCUGCCACAGCAUCGUUCAGUCCACCGUCUGAGAAUCACAUUACUGAUUUCCGAUUCGCACAAUCGGAUACGGCCGGCAUAUCCAUCACAAACUCGAGGGAUUGGGGAAAAGGAGAACUCCUUUAUGUUUGUUUCAAAGUCCAAGACACGGGCUGUGGUUUGACGCCUGAAGAACAACAAAUACUAUUCCAAAGGUUUAAACAAGCCUCGCCACGUACUCAUGCAAUUUAUGGAGGGAGUGGGCUAGGCCUGUUCAUUACCAAGAGAUUGACGGAGCUUCAUGGCGGACAAAUAGGGGCAUCAUCAACAACUGGUGAGGGAAGCACCUUUAUAUUUUACGUCCAAGCAAGACACGCCAAUGCACCGAGUAUGCCAAUGGAUGCAAAUGAACGUCUUCGCACAGAACAGGCCGUUGAGAAUUCCAAUACCCGCCUAAGCCACCCUCUUAGAACGCGACACCAAGAUCCCGCUCAGCAGAAGGCAUCCGAGCUUCAGUCUGGCCUCACAGAAGGCACAUUAUCCCAAUUCGACCUCGAGCACCUGCAUGUACUCGUCGUCGAGGACAAUUUGAUCAACCAAAAAGUACUCGUGAAACAGCUAAGAAAGCUUGGCUGCCACGUUGAUGCUGCUAAUGACGGUGUCGAAGCACUGGCUUUCUUAAAAAAGACACAUUUCUAUUCCGAGCGUGGACUCAACCUGUCAGUCAUUCUUAUGGACCUUGAGAUGCCUAACAUGGAUGGCUUGACUUGCGUUCGUGAAAUCCGGGCCAUGCAGGGUCGAAAUGAGCUUACAAGUCAUGUGCCUGUCAUUGCAGUCACGGCAAAUGUCCGCGACCAGCAAAUCAUGGCUGCUAAAGAGGCGGGGAUGGAUGAUGUGGUAUCAAAACCAUUUUCGAUACCAGAUCUAUUGAAGAAGACUGGAGCAUUAUUGCAACUCAAUCGCGGGUAG